UCGUUGACGGUCAAUGACGAUUCGUCGGUGCAAAUACUGGUCGAAGAAGCUUGCAAGAUCGACGAAAUCGACUUGGACAUGUGCCAGAAGCGGUUGGAAGAGGGUCGAAAUCAGUUGCGCGAAAUUUCUAAUGAUGAGAAAAAGUCUGCCGAAAAAAUGAUCGAAAUCGAGGCUUACGAAGCGUUAGUCAGGGCUUGCCAAGAAACCCCGAAAUAG